CUCAUAUCCAAUCAGGAGCGAGGAAGACUCAAAGGCCACACCCGUUUCAGUUCCCGGAACAGGGAGGAGGAGCUGAAUCUGAUCUUCGUGGAUAGAACCGCUAAUCACGACACAUUGGUCCAACUAAUCCUCAUCGUUCCCGAGCAGGAUGAUUGACGUUCGGGCAUGGGCAGAGUACGUGGUGGAGUGGGCCGCCAAAGACCCCUAUGGUUUCCUCACCACUGUCAUACUGGCUCUCACCCCUCUCUUCAUCGCCAGUGCACUGCUGUCCUGGAAACUGGCCAAGAUGAUUGAGGUGCGUGACCGGGACCAGAAGAAAAAGCAGAAACGUCAGGAAAACAUAGCCAAGGCAACCAAGAGGACCAAGAAGGACUGAGUCUGCGAGGGUAGGAUGGGGGCAUAGAAGAAAACAAAAAUAAGGAGGAGCACCCACCACGCUCACAGCCCUCCUUAUUCCAAAUAAUGACAUGGUGCCCUUCCUUGUCCCAGCCCUACCGUCAGCACAGGGCCACCACGCCUCAUGUCCGGGGUAGGAGGAGGGACAGUGGCCCCACAGGCCUAAUAGUGCUGAGACGGACAGUACUGCCUGGAGGAGGCUUGUCCCGGUGGGACUUAGGUCAGCAAGAGCGCAGUGGUUAUCUGUAUGAUGUGUUUUAUACAGAAAUCCGCUGAUAAUAUUGUGCAGCUGUUGCAACACCUUGCAUUCCAUUGUUGGCAUCUCUGUUCUGCUGAAUUGACGAUGUAACGAGCAAACUGGAACAUUUUCUCCACGUCACUCGCAAAGUAUCCAAAUUAUAACUUUUUAAUCAAUAAAGUUUUCAUGGUUGAUAAGAAAAAUCUUUUUUGUGGAAUUAACACAUGCAAUUUUAAUUAAAACUAUUUAAAAAGUAUUCAGCCCCUCGUUUUGUGUGACAAUAAACCAUAUGGCAUGCAGUCAGGAUGUGAUUUACUGACUGUCACACAACUAGGAUUAUUUAGACCAGGUUUUACUGUUAAGCAACAAUAAUCCUAUCUUUAUUCACUUUAUAUUUUCAACAUAAGUAUUUGCAUAUUAUUUGAGUCGUCUUCCGUUUAUUAGUCUAAAAGAUGGUUUUACAUUCACUGCGACUCAGUGUUGUACAAUAAUAAAACAUUCAAAAGUCCAGUGGGAUGAAUAGUUUUUAUAGGUACUGUAAUUCUAAGCACUCGCGAGCCUUUAAAGAAGCAGUUAAAAGCGAUAAUUCUGAACACAGACAGGCGGACAAAUGCACAUUUCAGCAUAUUCGUUUUCCCCUUUUUCUUCCUCAUUAACUUUUAUUCAUCCCUGGAUGCAUCUCCUGAGAGCAUUUAGAGAAAAAAAAAUGUACAUGUGUAGGAAGACGACCAUGUUUUCAACUGUUGGAUUUUUUACAAGUCCUCAAGCUUUUAUGUUUUAAGCUCCUUUCUUCAUCAGCUCUGUAGCCAACAUAAAGUCUGACCCGGGGUGAAAGAGCUUCAGUUUACUGUUAACACUAUUCAUGACUUCAACUUGUGAUUAAUAGGCCUCGAUUUAAAAGCAGUGGACACCACCUUCAUAAUGAACAGAACCAUUAACACAGCAUUUAUUGUAAGUACGGUCUCAUUACACUGUGGACUGGACAGAUUUCAUUUAAUUUCACAUGUGCUCUUUAAUCUUUCCCUCAGCGUUUAACUUUCCCACCUGCUUUCAUCACAUCUCGUUCUAUUCAUCUCUACACUUCAACCCUUUCUUUUGUUAAGGAUAAUUACAUCUGCAUCAUUUCUUUGGACAUAGCUGAAUUCUUGAUGUGUAAUUAAACCAUUUUUAUUUGCCUCAGCACAGGUGUAAUACCGAUUUAAUUAACAGAAUUAUUUGUUUCAGUAUCCCUGAAACAUUUGUAGCCGGUGUACUAAUGAGCAAUUCCAGUGUUUUUUUACUGUAACAAACCUUUCAACUACAUUAAAUAACUCAUCACAGCUUUAA